AUGCCUACUCAGCAACAGGCAAACGCCAUGUCAUCCGCAUCCACAGGCCCUUCCUCUGUAGCCACCUCGGUCCUCACAGAGGACGAGGAAGACCUCGAAGACUACAGGCCCGGAGGCUACCAUCCCAUCAACAUUGGCGACGAGUUUAGCAGCGGUCGCUACCUCAUCGUCCGCAAGCUCGGAUGGGGCCACUUUUCCACCGUCUGGCUCGCAAGAGAUAACACUACGUCUCGCCACGUCGCGCUCAAAGUCGUCAAGUCGGACGGCCACUACACCGAGACUGCACUGGACGAGAUCCAGCUGCUCCAGAGGGUGACCACCUCGUCCGAGUCGCAUCCGGGCCGCUCACACGUCGUGGGACUCGUCGACGACUUUCGACACGACGGCCCGAACGGAUCGCACGUCUGCAUGGUGUUUGAGGUGCUCGGUGAGAACCUGCUGGGCCUUAUCAAGCGAUACCAGCACCGCGGCGUGCCGACCCACAUUGUUCGCCAGAUUGCAAAGCAAAUACUGCUCGGCCUCGACUAUCUCCAUACGGAGUGUCGCAUCAUCCACACCGACCUCAAGCCCGAGAACGUCUUGAUCUGUAUCGACGACGUCGAGUCGGUCGUCCAGGCCGAGCUCGCGUCGUGUCCUGCCGCCGUGCCCACCAAGUUGGUCGGCGUGCCGCCAAGUCAGGGUCGUUUGGGCAACCAAACCCCUCGCAAGGAUUCCAUGUUCAUCGUUGGGUCCCAGCCGCUGCCCAGUCCCAGCUCGAGCUAUGCCAGCUCGCCCAUGCUCGACAAGUAUGGGUUUGGCAUGAGCAAGAUUUCCGGUACCAACCUCGGUGGCAAGUCGGCGCCUGCCUCGUCGUCAGCAGCCUCCGCAGCCCAGGCAAAGGACACGGCCGACUCGAUCGGGGAUGGUCUCGGCAACGUCAAGCUUGGCGCCGAGAGCGAGCUCACAUGGGAGAAGACCAAGACUCCCGUCGCGCUGCCCAAACCGCACGGCCCGUCGCUGCUGUCGCAGCAGAUGAACCAGCCGCCAGCGGCCGCUGCCGCGGACAUUCUCCCGCCACCAGGCGGUGCCAGUCAAAACUCGGGUUCCUCAGAGACUGGCACCCCAGCCCAGACCGUCAUCUCCACCCCAGCCACUACCCCAGACCCCGGACGUUCAGACGAGCUCAACAUCUCCACGUCUGUGCAGUCGACGGGCUCGGGCUCUGAAGACUCGGCAACAUCGUCCAAACCCACCCCUCGACCGCCACAGACGGCUUCGUCUGACGCCGAGUCGUCGCUGGGCCACCUCAACAACCUCCAGCAGCAGGAGGCCCACCUGCACCCGGACAGCAAGAUUGCUCCAGUCGCCGGCGACCCCAACACCCUCCCUCCACCAUUCCCAUACGACCCCGUGUCGCUCGAGCGUAUAACGGUCAAGAUUGCCGACCUCGGCAACGCGUGCUGGGUCGACCACCACUUCACCAACGACAUCCAGACGCGCCAGUACCGUUGUCCAGAGAUCAUCCUGGGCACGCGCUGGGGACCGAGUGUGGACAUUUGGAGUGCUGCCUCGUUGAUCUUUGAGCUGUUGACAGGCGACUACCUGUUCGACCCGCAACCGGGCACCAAAUACGACAAGGACGACGACCACGUCGCCCAGAUCAUGGAGCUGCUGGGCGAGAUGCCAAAGUCGCUGGCACUGUCUGGCAAAUACAGCCACGACAUGUUCAACCGCCGCGGCGAGCUGCGUCAUAUCCAGCGACUGCGUUUCUGGCCCCUCCUCUCGGUCCUCAAGGAAAAGUACCUGAUGGAAGCCGAAGAGGCCGAGCUCCUGACCUCGUUCCUCCUCCCCAUGCUCCACUACUAUCCCGACUCGCGAGCGACCGCCGCCGAGCUCCUCAAACACCCGUGGCUCGACGGCGUCGUCGUCCAGGGCGACCUCGAGAUGGCCAAGCGCGAGCACGAACGCGAGGUGGAGCGUCUCCGCGCCCUCGAGUCGGACAAGCCCAAGCCGGCUGCCGCGGCUGCGCCUGCCGCCGCCGCGGGCGCGGGCGCGCCCGGCGCGGCCCUCGACGAGAUUAUCAAGCUCGGCCCGCCCGUCGCCGGCAUGGUCGGCAUGGGCCGGAUCUAG